AUGAAAUCAAAUUCUAAUAUCCCAUAUUUAAUUCCAUCGUAUCUUGAAAAAAUGAAAAUGUAUUCGAAAGUUGCCGAAAUUCGAGUUAUGUAUGAUGCUCCAACAAAACAAACAACAUAUACUUAUCAAUUAAAUUGGAAUUGUGAUGCAAAUCAAAGAGAAGCUUGUAUCAAAUCACUCGAAAAAGGAAAUCACAUCGGAAAACAAGCAACUGUUCCACGUUCGAAAAAAGAUUCAGAAUAUCCAGUUAUUGCAGUUUGUGAUGGACCAUGUGAAAAUGCGUAUCCAUCAAAUAAAUUGAAUAUUCUUGGAAGAUGUGGACAUUAUUUAUGUGAUAAAUGUUAUGAAAUUGUUAAAAAUUCAGAUGGAACUAGAGGUUGUAGUUCAUAUGCAUGCAAUUGGGAAAAAUCAUUGGAAUUUGAAGAAACUGAGGAUAAAAAGGUCUGAAAUUUAAUUUCAAAAAUUAUUCCGAAAAAUACAUUUUUCAGACUCAAACUUCUGAAAUCAAAAAUUUGUCAGAUGAAUCGAUUCCCUCAAUUUCAAAACUCAUAAUCGAUAUGGAUGAUGAGUCAAAUUACACUUGUUCAAUUUUAUCCACAGAUUCAAAAACUACAGUAACUUUGGACCGACGAUAG